GCACAAUCAGCUACUGCUCACCACUAUCACAGGGAUACGAGACUUGGGCUAUGACCAAAUCACCAUUGCUGGAGAUUUCAAUGCCCCAUCACUGAACCUUGGCUCGGGGUAUGCUUGGUUUACGUGGCGCGUAUCUAAAAGCCAGAUCGACCAUGAUGCAUACCUGGAACUCAGGAACCGGUGCAAUGCAAGAGGCAGGAGGGACAGGAGGUCAUUCCAGGCUAACUUUGCUAAAAAACUCCUGGCAAACCCCAAGAAUUUGUACCGAUUCAUGUCGGAAAGGAAACCAACCAACCAGGGGGCGUGCGCCUUAGUAGGCCAAAACGGUCAAUAUCUCACUAGUCUGGAGAUGGCUGAAACAUUUAGUUUAGCCUUCGCCAAACAGCUAAACAGCAAUGUGGGUAUUACCGUUACGGACCAAAAUGGUGGCAUGACUAUUUCACAGGAGGAAGACCAAAUAGCCACCCCCCAAAUAAACCCUGCAAUAGUACUGAGAAAGCUGCAGCGACUCAUACCUGGGAAGUCCCCAGGUUGUGAUGACAUCAGGCCAUCUGUUCUGAAACAGUGCGCCGAAGCUCUCUGUAGGCCUUUUGCGACUUGUUCCAACACUCCAUGGAAUCAGGGAAACUGCCAAAGCAAUGGAAAAGAAGCAUCCUUUCUCCGAUCUUCAAGGGUGGGGAUAGGCAAAAUCCCACAAGUUAUAGACCAGUAGCUCUACUCCCAGUGGUAUCGAAAGUACUGGAAAGUAUUAUUGAUGAUCACAUCAGGGAAUAUCUGGAUAGGUCUAAAAUACUCCAUGAAGCCCAACACGGUUUCAGGAAAGGGCGAUCCUGCGUCACUAACUUAUUAUCAGCUUGGGACGACUGGACAUCAUGCUGGGAUAUGAAUGUUCCAGUUCAUCUGAUCUUUCUAGACUUUGAGAAGGCAUUUGACACUGUUCACCAUGACCUUCUCCUACACAAAAUAAGCCAAGUAGGGUUAGGUAAACCACUUCUGUCAUGGUUGAAGGACUACCUAACUGAAAGGCAAUUUUGCACCAAGGUCAAUCGAGUUCGAUCAUCAUGGCACAGCUCGUCAUCAGGAGUGUCGCAGGGUUCUAUCCUGGGACCACUGAUGUUCUUGAUUUUUAUCAAUGAUUUACCAUGCCGUCUAAGCUGCCCGACUCUUCUAUACGCUGAUGACGUGAAGAUAUGGAGGGCGAUAAAGUGUCCGGAGGACUCAGAUAGACUGCAGGCAGAUCUAAGGCUUCUGGAAGACUGGGCGGUAGCCAGUGGCAUGACUUUCAACCUGAAAAAGUGCAAAGUAGUGAAGUUGCGCACCUGUAGACUGCAGAAUGCAAGUUACACCCUGUGCAAUGAAAGCUUGUCCUGCUCAACGUCGGAACGUGACUUAGGUCUAGUUCUAACGGAGAAAAUGGACACAAGCGUAAAUUACACGGGGGAUGUAGCGAGGGCAUAUGCGGUCAUACACUUUACACAUAGACAAUUAGAUGCACUCACUCCUGAGCUCUUUCUAAGGUUGUAUAAAACAUACGUCAGACCGCAUCUUGAAGUGCAUAAUAUCAUUGCACCCCCACUGCUUAAAAGAGACGCCAACCUUUUGGAAAGAGUCCAACGACGGGCAACAAAAGGAGUGGUUGGUCUCCGAAAUAAAUCAUAUGAUGAAAGGCUGAAGAAAUUAGGCCUAUUCACACUUAGUUACCAUCGUCUUAGGGGGGAUUUAAUUACUGCCUACAAAUUAACAAAUGAUCAGAAUCACCCAAACAAAGGUGUUCUGCCAUUGAGUAGGUAUAGGCUCCCUCGUGGAAAUCCUAGAAGGAUAGCUCAUCAGAGGGCAAGGACCCGGGUGCGCUCCCACUUCUUUUCCCUGCGGGUUUGCCGUCCCUGGAAUUCCUUACCGGCAGAUGUAGCUAUGGCACCAUCUGUGGACGCCUUUAAGCGAAGGCUGGACAACCACGCAGCGACACAAGGACUUCAUCCAAAUGGCCUAUCCCCUUAAAAUCGCAUACACCAUUCAAAGGUAGACAAUUAAACUGGUCGUUUUACUUCUUCACAUUCUCUUCAGUCUUACUCUCCUGACACCUUUAACUACACCUAUUAUUAUUAUUAUUACUAUUAUUAUUACUGGUAUAUAUAUACCGGUUGACUGACUGUUGUUACGUUUUCUUAUUCUUUUUAUGUCUGUUAGUCUGAAUACCUUUACUAAUUAUAUCUAUUAUUAUUAUUAUCUCCUUUCUAUUGACGACUAUACCGAAGGACCAACUGGUGAAAGGAUCAA